AUGGACAUUCUGAAAGCUGAGAUAGCGAGGAAGAGGAAGCUGCUGGAGGAGAAGGAGCUGCUGGGGGAAAAUAAGAAGUUCUUUAAGCGUAGUGAACUUGCUGAAAAAGAAAAGGAAGCAUACUUAGAAAGAUGUGGAUAUAAGCUACAAAACCAAGAAGAGGAAGAGCAGCCUUCCUCAUCAAGCAAUCCUGUAUUGGAGCUAGAGCUGGCAGAAGAGAAGUUGCCUAUGACACUGUCAAGGCAGGAGGUGAUACGAAGGCUACGAGAAAGAGGUGAACCUAUUCGACUUUUUGGGGAAACUGAUUAUGAUACCUUCCAGCGCUUGAGGAAGAUUGAAAUUCUCGCUCCAGAAGUGAACAAGGGCUUACGAAAUGACUUAAAGGCUGCUCUGGAUAAGAUCGAUCAGCAGUAUCUUAAUGAGAUUGUAGCUGGUCAAGAACAGACAGAAGAAGAUACACAGAAUGACCUGAAAGUCCAUGAGGAAAAUACCACAAUUGAGGAGCUGGAGGCUUUGGGAGAGUGUCUUGGACAAGGAAAUGACAACAAAGAUAUGGAUAUCAUUAAUAAAGUCUUAAAGUUCCUUCUAGGUGUUUGGGCAAAGGAGUUGAAUGCAAGAGAGGACUAUGUAAAACGCAGUGUGCAUGGUAAACUGGCAAGUGCCACACAGAAGCAAACGGAAUCAUACUUGAAACCACUUUUUAGAAAAUUGCGCAAAAAGAACCUUCCUGCGGAUAUAAAAGAAUCAAUAACAGAUAUAAUAAAAUACAUGUUACAAAGAGAAUACGUAAAGGCAAAUGAUGCCUAUCUUCAGAUGGCUAUUGGCAAUGCUCCUUGGCCUAUUGGUGUAACUAUGGUUGGUAUCCACGCUCGUACUGGACGUGAAAAGAUUUUCUCCAAACAUGUAGCCCAUGUUUUGAACGAUGAAACACAAAGAAAAUACAUUCAGGGCUUGAAAAGACUAAUGACAAUUUGCCAGAAGCAUUUUUCAACUGAUCCUUCAAAGUGUGUGGAAUACAACGCAUUAUAG